UCACUGUUGCUCACUUUUUGGCCGCAAGCUGCAGCAAGUUGUGUGUCCGCGGUGUUGUUAAUUUGUUGAUAGGAGUUUCGAUAACAUUCUAGACAAUUUUUAGUUUAGUGUAUUUUGUGUAGAGUUUUGUUUUGUUAUUGUAAAGUCUACUGUAACUCCAACAUCGUCCAACAAAAUGGCAGCACUUACGAAGGGAGUUUUCAUUGUGGCGGCCAAGCGUACCGCUUUCGGCACGUUCGGCGGAGUGUUCAAGAACACCAACGCAACGCAGCUGCAGACGGUUGCGGCCAAGGCGGCGUUGGAUGCGGCCGGCCUUAAGCCCGAUCAGGUCGAUUCCGUCAACAUUGGCCAGGUGCUGGUGCUGUCCUCGACCGAUGGUGCCUUCCUGCCGCGUCACGUGUCGCUCGGCUGCGGCAUUCCGAUCGAGCGACCGGCCCUCGGCGUGAACCGGCUGUGCGGUUCCGGCUUCCAGGCGGUGGUGAACGGAGCGCAGGACAUCCUGGUCGGUGCUGCCCACGUUUCGCUUACCGGAGGGGUGGACAACAUGUCCCAGACACCGUACACGCUGCGCAACAGUCGUUUCGGCAUUCCGCUCGGCACUAGCCCGGCCCUGGAGGAUGCUCUGUGGACCGGCCUGACGGACUCGUACUGCAAGCUGCCGAUGGCACUGACCGCCGAAAAUCUGGCCGAAAAGCACAAGGUUCCGCGCGAAAAGGUGGACGAGUUUGCGUACCGGUCGCAGCAGCUCUGGAAGAAGGCGAACGACGAGGGAGUGUUCAAGACGGAAAUCACCCCGUUCAAGCUGAAGGUGAAGGGCAAGGAGGUUGACUUUGCCGUCGAUGAGCAUCCGCGCCCGCAGACCACGCUCGAGGGACUGAACAAGUUGCCGUCCCUGUUCAAGAAGAAUGGUUGCGUCACUGCCGGCACCGCUUCGGGUAUCUGCGAUGGUGCCGCGUCGGUGGUGGUCGCUUCGGAGGAAGCGCUCAAGAAGUACAACCUGACCCCGCUGGCACGAUUGGUGGCGUACAGCACGGUGGGCGUACCGCCGGAGAUUAUGGGCAUCGGACCGGUGCCCGCGAUCCAGAACGUGCUGAAGGUGGCCGGACUGAAGAUGGACGAUAUUGAUCUGUUCGAGAUUAAUGAAGCGUUCGGCGUGCAGACGCUGGCCUGCGCCGGCGAGCUCGGACUGGACAUCAACAAGCUCAACCUGAACGGUGGUGCGAUCGCGCUCGGCCAUCCGCUCGGUGCGUCCGGUUCGCGCAUCACUGGCCACCUGGUGCAUGAGCUGAAACGCAAGAACCUCAAGCGUGCCAUCGGAUCGGCCUGCAUUGGAGGUGGACAGGGUAUUGCGCUGCUGCUGGAGUCGGUCUAGGAGAGCAAUUUUCUGCUGGCCUGGCAAACUCCUGACCCUGGCUAGGGCAAUGGGAAACGUACCUCAAAGUUGUGUGUUUAUUUUUCUACAAAACAUAAAUGGAAGAGAUUGUGAACAGUGUUUUUUUAGUGCUACUAUAUUAAGAAUCUUCAAUGAGUAAAAAGUGCAUUUUUCUUUAAACAUAAAA